GUGCAGGAGGCUACAUACUGAACAACGCUACCGCUGGGGAGGACCAGUGAUACAGCAAAACCAAGACCUAAAGGAGGAUUCCGCGGAAUGGAUUAAACCUUCGUGCGCAGCUAUAAAAUCGUAUUCGAUCUCACAUCACUGAUUGCACACUGGAUAUAAGGUUGCUUGUUUUGAUUUUCUUUCAUUUGAGCAAAUCCAGCAGCUAAACGACUAUAGUCUGUGUUUAGCUAGCCGGUGAUGGAGACUGGCAGCUAGCUAGCCGACGUUACUCCUCUUUUAGGCUAGCAUCUUCUGUAACGCUAAUAUAUACUGCAGUUAUUCCUGCUUUUAAGACAAGUGGCCGUUACAAAAUCCACAGAGCACGAAAGCAAACUACCUUGUGCUUAACUGGAGCAUUAAUGGAUAACGUUGGUAGUUAGCCGGUGAAUUACAACGGGCAUCAGCUGACGACAACUCGCUAGCCAUCAGAAAGCGGCCACUAGCUUCUGUUGCCUCGCUAACUGUCAUCAGAAUACGCUGAAUCUUGUACGAGAGGCUGUUAAUACUGGCAUAACUUUGCCUGACGUUUGAGAAUAGCCCUCGCUUGGUGAAGAUAUUUAUUUUGAUCGUGUUGUCUGUUGAUCGUAGUUUUGUCAAGACGGCGCCGCUAACGAACUGCAAGCUUAUUGCAUACUGUCAGAGACCAACUACUCCCCGGACUCUCUCGAAAUGCAUCAUCCGGACCCUGCAGGAGACUCUGGCAGUGUUAGAAAGAUGGCGCAUCCGGCUGUCUUCCACAGAAGGGGUAGCAACACAGGCAGUGGGAGCGGCUCCUCGUUGUCCACGCCGGCAAACCCGGUGGUCGAUAACAGCCACGUCCCUGCUGAUGAUUAUCAACCUUCCCUGUUGAUACAGUGCCAACCUCCUGCUGGUUCUUCCUCCCCUGGUCCCCAUCAUAUUCCACCCCACAGCCUGAAUUUGCUUUCCCAGCCCCAGGCAACACAGUCAUCUGGAGCUCAAAUUAAAAAGAAGAGUGGUUUCCAGAUCACAAGUGUGACUCCAGCACAAAUAUCUGUGAGUACCAACAACAGCAUCGCUGAAGAUACAGAAAGCUAUGAUGACCUGGAUGAGUCCCACACAGAGGAUCUCUCCUCCUCUGAAAUCUUGGAUGUUUCCCUGUCUCGAGCUAAUGACAUAGUGGGUGCAGAGAGAAGCUCUUCAGAAGAGACGCUGAAUAAUUUUCAUGAUGCAGAGACCCCUGGAGCUGUCUCUCCAAACCAGCCUUCACACCCUCAUGCCCUAAACCAGGUUCAACACCACAGUGGAGCUAUGGUUAAUGGGACUGUGAACCAUCAACAUCAUCAUCAUCCUAAUCAUACACAUGUUUACCCGCUGUCCUCUGGAUCCGGGAGCACCCCAUCGGCCCUGGCUUCAGGAGCGUUACCUUGUGUCACCCCGAAAAUGCCUUCUAAUGUGGGGGUUCAAGAGAAUGUUUCCCAGGUUGCCCCUCCAAGUAUUAUUGCCCAGUCUGUGGGGGUUGUGGCCCCGGGAUCUGUCCCUGGAAUGCACGACUCUGCUACAGGCACUACAGUUAGCAUAGUUAAUCCCCAGACCAACAGUGUUAGUAAUGCGAAUAGGGUGAGCUCUGCCAACGUGCCUGUGAAAGGGGGGAUCAGCAUGAGUGCUAGCAGUAGCAGUGGUGGCUUUCCUCCCAAUGUGAUAAGCAGCAGUGGGGGGAGUAGUGCUGUUACAGCUGUGGGUAACCUUAUUAGUACUAAUGUCAGCAUUAUCCAGCAACAGCAAAACAUGAACUCAAACCUCUCCAUGACAACCACAACCAAUGCUGGUGUUGCUGCUGUCAGUGCCUCUGGAGGGAUGGGACUCUCCAGUGGGAUCCAAGGUAGAGUUGGAUCUGUUGUGCUGCAGUCAGUGAGUGUCCCUGUCACAGCUGUGGCCGCAGCACCUAUACCAUCUACUCCUGCACAGCCCGCCCUCCCUACAGCCCCUGUAGUGGCUACCACCAGUUCUCGCUUCAGGGUGGUGAAGCUGGACUCUAGCUCUGAGCCCUUUAAAAAGGGCAGAUGGACUUGCACUGAAUUUUAUGACAAGGAGAUCCCUGCCUCUGCUCCCAGCUCCUCUGCAUCUGAUACUGGGGCUCUCAGCAUGCGUCACUUUGUCUCUGAGAGCUUUGCAGGGGCCUCGGAGAGGGAAAGCACAAGUGGUAGUUCUGUGAGUAGCACUAUGAGUACAUUGAGCCAUUAUACGGAGAGUGUGUGCAGUGGAGAAGCUGGGGGACCCCAAAAUGCCCAGGAUUAUGCACCCCCUCCUCAGGGUUUUCAAGGAAUCCUCCCCAGUGGCUUAAGCAUGGGAGUGUCUCAAACCCAACCUCACAUGCACUUGCAGGAUAUUACCCAUUCUCAUGUUAAGACUACUGUGGCCCCCUCCGCACCCACAAAUGUUAAUCAGCCUGCUCCCAUGUCAGGCCACCAGACAACACUCGGGCUCUGUGCACCUGCUGUACACCAGCAGCAGCUCACCUAUGCCCAGGCAGUUGCUAAUCAAUCAACAGGCUCUACACAAGGCGUAGUGGGUGUUCAGCAACAGAAGAUGGGCUAUGCCUCCAUGCCGCAGCAACCAACUGCUACCCCCCAAGCUGCUCCAGUGCAAGUGAGGCAAACGGAGUACACCCAGGCUCACCAAGGUAUGCCCCAGGCUGCUGCUUCUCUGUCUUUGUCCAACCAAGCUGGAUCAGCACCCCCUGGGCCUGGCAAUGGAGCAUGUCACAUGGUAGGGGGACUGCAGCAAACACAGGCACUCGUUCACACCCAGCCCCAGCAGCCCACUUCCCUUCAGGCCCCAAGUUCCAGUAUGCCAUCUCCAGUUGGAGUACCUGGUCUUGGCCAACAGCCCCAGAGUCACCCUGGCCAACUAGAUAUCCAGCAGCAGAAACCGCAGUCACUCCCACCCCAAAAUCAAAAUCUGGGCAUGGGCACCCAGCUGCCUACAACAGUCCACCAGAGUCAAGUGUCAGCAUCAAGUGUUCUCCCCCCCAACUCUCAGAAUGAUCCCCAAACCCAAAACACUGGAAAUGGUAGUAGAAUCCCCCCUCAGAGUGUUCCUCACAGCCAACCAUCUUGUGUCAGCUUGUCCCAGGACCCCAACAGUGCCCAGGCCCUGGCUCAUGCUGCCCAGGCUAGUGCCCUCUAUGCUAGUCUGCCCACCUUCACCACAACUCAGCUGCAGGAUGCCCAGAGGUUGCUCCUUCAGCACCAGUCAGCUUUGUUGGGGCUGCCCAAGCUCUCAGGAGGGGAGGCUGGAACUGGAUCCAGCACCGGCCAGGGUCAAGAAGCGGAGGGCAACGCUGCUACCGCCAGUGCCUUAACUGCUUCAUCUGGUCUCAAGGCUGUUGAUGGAGAGGAAGAUGGCUCGUCAGGAGCCAGCGUUGUGGCUAUAGACAACAAGAUUGAACAAGCAAUGGACCUGGUGAAGAGUCACCUGAUGUACGCUGUACGUGAGGAGGUGGAAGUCCUGAAGGAACAGAUAAAGGAACUAAUUGAGCGUAACUCCCAGUUGGAGCAGGAGAACACUCUGCUAAAGACACUUGCCAGUCCAGAACAGAUGGCCCAGUUUCAGGCCCAGGUUCAGACUGGCUCCCCACCUGCUCCCCCAACAGCGGCUACACCAGGACCAACGAGCUCUGCCACGCUCUCGCAGCCUGCUCUUCACAGCUCUGGACCCUCAGCGUAGCCCAGUUUGUGCUUACAGACUGACUGACAGUUUUUGUGUUCUGCUACAGCAGCAGAGCUUCACUUGCCUUUUACAGCAAGAUGUUAUGCUGUUAAGACAAGAAUUUUGCACAUAUUUAUCUCUCAGAAGGUUGCAGCUAGCAGAACAAGUGGUGCUUUACGGCACUAUGGAGGGUGACAAUCUGGCAAUGCUUUAUGGGUGGUUUGUUUCAGAGGAGGACUGAACUAUCGUACAUUUGCCAAAUAACCCUUGGACAUAUCAACUAGAAUGUCUUACUAAGAUGAAACAAAACAGCUUAUCAGUGGCAACGAUAUACUUAACUUUAGAAAAAUGAUCACUGUGCCUGUGUCUGGAUUUUAAGUGAUGUCGAUUUUACUGAUGCUGGCAAUUGAUGAGUAGGAGGUGGAGGAGUGUUUUGGUUAACGUUUUUUCUGAAUGAUGUAAAUAAAAGUGGAUCUCUCUCAAGGUCAGAUUCUAAAGUUACAGGCUUGGAGAUUUGAGAGAGACACAAAAGGCCUUCUCAGAGUGACAAAUGAAGAAUGUGAGCAAUUAUUAUCAUGACAAAGUCCCCAUCUGGAAUGGGGGGGUUGGGGAGUGGGUGGGAGGGUAUUUUGAACAACACUUUGGCAGCAUUAUUACUUCAAAUGUGGGAUGAACAAAAACAUGGUUCCUUAUGGAGAUAAUUAUGAUAUUCUAUUUCAGUAUUUCACUUUUCAGCUCCUCAUUUUGCCCUUGACAAAGCUCAUCAUGCUGUUUUCUCAACCCUGCAGUGGCAUGUAAUGUAAACAUUAUUUGACAGGGUUGAGACUCUGGGCUAAGCUGCAUUUUCUCUUUUCCUUCAAAGUUUGAUGGGCAAAAGAUGAUGUAUAUUUCUGUAUAGUGUAAGUAUCAUGUAAAAUAGUGAGGAAAAGGAAAAAACACAGAUGCUAUCUUGGUCACAGAUUGAAGCGAGUGAGCGAUUAACGUGCUGGUCUUGCCCGGUCUGUGUCAUCUAUUUUUAAUGCUGUAUUUUCAAAAUUGUGGAUGGACGGGAGCGUAGGUUAUUUAACUUGACAACACACAGCCAACAAUGUUGUUCAUAUACUGCAACAUGAACUCUUACUGUAAAACCAGUUUCACUUGGCUCUUUUUCUUUUCUGGAGUAUUGCACCUUUAUGAGUUUUAUUUUCCUUUUUGACAGUGAUGUAUUUCUGGAUGAACAAUAUCUUAAAACUCAACAUUUAAAAAAAAAAAAAAACAAAUUCCUGAAAUGUUUUCUUUUUCAUUCUGUGUAUCAGUUGUAUGCUCAUUUUCUGUGCAUGUUUCUGCAAAAACCGGAUAAGAUAUUGUAACAUACUUACAACAACUGCACUUGACAGCUGCACUUCACAACUUUCAAUAAACAUGCUUAA